AGUUUCAAGAAAGAUCUCACUGAGACGCAAAAGGAAGUAAGGAACCCCAACCCCCAACCAGUCUCGGGAAAAACACCCAUCCCGGAAUCAAAUCAGAAUGAAACAAAAAAGGGCAUUUCCGGAAAUUAACCCCUCUCUCUGCACAGGAAAUUAACCCCCUCUCUCUCUCUCUCGCCACCUUUAUGCCUUUAUCUCCACCCAAACAGUACCACACACACGCACCUUGCACUCCUCACUUUCCAACCCUCAUGGAUCCAGACGCAUUCACCGCCAGCCUAUUCAAGUGGGACCCACGCACCGUCCUCCCGCCCGCGCCCCCCCCGCCGCCCCCGCGACCUCCCCUCCUCGAAUACGCGGUCGCUCCGCCGCCAGUGACCCCGUCGUUCCAUCCCUCGAGGGCGGCGGCGCCGCGCGAGCUCGGAGGACUGGAGGAGCUCUUUCAGGCUUACGGCAUCCGCUACUACACGGCGGCGAAGAUCGCCGAGCUCGGGUUCACGGUCAGCACGCUGGUGGACAUGAAGGACGAGGAGCUCGACGACAUGAUGAACAGCCUCUCCCAGAUUUUCCGCUGGGACCUCCUCGUCGGCGAACGCUACGGCAUCAAAGCCGCCGUCAGAGCCGAACGACGCCGCGUUGAAGAUGACGACAUCAAGCGCCGCAAUAACAACAACAACCUCCUCUCCGCCGACACCACCACCAACGCCCUCGACGCCCUCUCUCAAGAAGGCUUGUCGGAGGAGCCGGUGAUGCAACGAGAGAAGGAGGCGGUGGGGAGCGGGGGAGGGAGCACGUGGGAGGUGGUGGUGGCGGCGGAGGAGAGGAGGAAGCAGCAGAGGAGACGGAGGACGAGGAUGAAGACGAAUAAUCUUCAUCACGAAGACAACGAGGAGCUUGAGGAUGAUGAAGGAGAACAGAAUGACGAAGGAAACAUUAACACUGGUGGGGGUUGUGAGAGGCAAAGGGAGCAUCCUUUCAUCGUGACAGAGCCUGGGGAAGUUGCACGUGGAAAGAAGAACGGUUUGGACUAUCUGUUUCAUCUCUACGAGCAAUGCCGUGAGUUCUUGAUGCAGGUUCAGGCCAUUGCCAAGGACCGCGGUGAAAAAUGCCCCACCAAGGUGACAAAUCAGGUGUUUAGGUACGCGAAGAAGGCUGGGGCAAGCUACAUCAACAAGCCAAAGAUGCGACACUACGUGCACUGCUAUGCCUUACACUGUCUGGACGAGGAGGUCUCAAACGAGCUUCGAAGGGCGUUCAAGGAGAGAGGGGAGAACGUUGGAGCGUGGAGGCAAGCAUGUUACAAGCCCCUUGUGGCCAUUGCCGCGCGUCAAGGUUGGGACAUUGACGCCAUAUUCAAUGCUCAUCCUCGUCUUUCCAUUUGGUAUGUUCCCACGAAGCUUCGUCAGCUUUGUCACGCUGAGAGAAACAGUGCCGCAGCUUCAAGCUCCGUGUCUGCUGGCAGUGCUCACCUUCCCUUCUAAAUCCACAUGCAUCAUGCAAUGCAUAUGUAGUGAUCAUGUAAUCGUUUAGUAAUUGCGAUAGUUACUAGUUAGUAAUAGAUGUGUAGAACCUUGCUAGCUCCCGGGCCACGUUAUGAAAUGAAGGACAUAUAUAUAGCAAUGGAGGGACUUUAAUUAGAUUAAGUAUCUUUCAUAAAUUACUUGCUUUUGUACUUCUUUGGUAGCAAUGGAAUGGAAGGACAUGUAUAUAGCAA